GUCCCCGUUAGCAAGUCGCAAUUGAACGUGGCAAUCUGUUCCUUGUCCAAAAAUAAAAAAUAAAAAGUAAAGGUGGUCGUUCCGUCUUCGAGUUACCUAUACCUAUUAAUUCUCAAAGAAAAAUAAUAUUCCGAUUCCCGACCCGACCCCCCGACCUCGCUGCACUCUGCACUCUGCACGGCUGCACGCUGCACGAGCAUCACCUAAAUUCCAGCUUCUAACACCUGCCAGCCAACCUUCUCUGCCACCAACCUUCAACUUACUACACUCUUCUUUAUCUUCCUUACCGGAAUUUCCGUUGCUUCCUUUCCUUUUUUAUUUAUUUAUUAUAUCACUCACUCACUCACUCACUCAUUAUUUUGUGACUUGACCCGUCGCCUUUCCCUUACCUAGCCUUGGUCUGGCUCAAUUGAUUCGUUUGAGCUGUUUAAAAUGGGUAUUAUCGACAAUGAGAUGAAGCGGUUGCAGGACGUCGUGUCCGGCUUAGAGGACCGGGUACGACGUCUAGAACAGCGCCAAUCCGGCGGAAGUAAUGAGAGCGUGCGCAUGAUCCUCAUGGGUCCUCCUGGAGCUGGAAAGGGAACGCAGGCGCCUAAGAUCAAGGAGAAGUUCUCGUGUUGCCAUUUAGCUACCGGCGACAUGCUCCGAUCCCAAGUCGCCAAGAAGACGCCUCUUGGAAAGGAAGCGAAGAAGAUCAUGGACGCCGGUGGUCUGGUCAGCGAUGAGAUUGUCAUUGGCAUGAUCAGGGAAGAACUUGACAACAACAAGGAGUGCAAGGGAGGCUUUAUUCUUGACGGGUUUCCCCGCACAGUCGCUCAAGCCGAAUCGCUCGACAAGAUGCUUGCCGACAAGAACCAGAAGCUACAACACGCCGUUGAGCUACAAAUCGACGAUGCUCUCCUAGUUGCGCGUAUUACCGGUCGUCUAGUCCACCCCGCCUCCGGUCGAAGUUAUCACAGCACCUUCAACCCCCCGAAGGUACCUAUGACGGACGAUAUCACCGGCGAGCCUCUGAUCCAACGAUCUGACGACAACGCUGAUGCGCUUAAGAAGCGCUUGGUUACCUACCACAAGCAGACUUCCCCAGUUGUCGGAUACUAUAAGAACACUGGUAUCUGGAAGGGCGUUGACGCAAGCCAAGAACCUGGCCAGGUUUGGACCAGCCUGUUGAAGAUUUUCGACGAGAACAAGAGCCCUAAGAGCGGUGGUAUCUUCAGCAAGCUGACUGGCCAAUAAGCCAACGGCUACUCUUGUCUUUGCCUUGCGCUCUCAUCCUGGUUUCCUAAGAUUUGAAUCUAGGAGGUGAGACGUGGGUAUGGAUAUAGGAGUUUCCAACAUAAG